ACAGAUAAGAUCAGGUUGAUUCCCAGACAAUAGGAUCUCCCUGAAUUGGAGCAACCCUCCAGCAGGCUGGGAGGGAGGGAUGAUCUGGGGAAUCUGGGGUCUGUAGGGUGUGAGUCACUAGGGUAGGUCUCGCUUUCCCUGGAAAUGACUGGCUGGACGGCUGGGCUCUUGCAGUGGAGAAGUGGAGUCUGAAAUGAAGGAAGACAUCCGGUGCCCCCUGGAUCCGGCUCACCACGAAGCUGCCUGCUCCUUGCUGGGGCUUCAGAAUGAAAGUUAUUUCAGAUUGAGAAAUAUUGUUCUAAUAUGGCAACAACGGGGCUGUUGUCUUUUCAAGCGCUCUGCGAUUGCAGCCUCCUUCUGGCUCGUUUUAUGCAAAACGAAUGGCAGGCAGAAACAGGCUCAGAGCAGACAAGAGAGCUCGCCAAGUUUACACAGGCAGGAAGUGAUGGGUAUGAACUUGACACCAGAGCCUGCACUUCUAACCACCACACUGCAUUGCCCCUCUGUCUUAGUCUCCAAGAUGGAUGAGAUGCAGACUCGGCCGCCCAAGGGCACAGAGCCUCAGAAGCAAACAGAAGCUGCUGUUCAGGGCCACUUCCUCCAGGAAGCCCUCCCUGAAUUCUCCUGCCCUCCCUUCUCAGGACUCUUACGGUGCUGGGUGUGCGGCCAACGUGGAAACGCUUCCAUCGGCGCUAAGAAUAGAGACCCGCGUGGCUUUGCAGGUCCUGGACACAUCUCCCUGAAGACCUUCAUCAUCUUUUAAGGCCACGGAGUCCCUGACUGCUCAGGGACUAUAGAGCAUGUGCUUCUGUGGCCUUUGCAUCAGAGUGAUUUGUGACUUCUCAGGUGGAACUGCCAGUGAUAUAAUUAACAUUUCAAAACUUUGCAACCACAAAUUUAAUUUCUUUUGAACAUUUGGGGGCAUUUAAACAGUAGCUUGAGUAUUAAAUUUGCACUUAUGGGAAUUGGGGAGGAGGGACAUGGGGUAGGGGAGAAAGAGGGGAGAAUUUCCCAAAACUGUAUGAAAAAAGGAUGGAAAACAUUGUUGAGUUUUUGCUUAAAAAACAAAACAAAACAAAACAAAAACUUUUUUUUUUUUCUUCAAUUGAAAUACUGCUUUAAAGCAUUGGCAGGCUUACAGAAGUGAAAUGAAAAACAAAUCCCACAAAAAUCCUGGAGUACCAUAAAAAUAAUGAAUAAAGUAGUGCAAAAUGCUUUGAUUUCAGUAAUAUUUUUCAAUAAAGCUGGUGCAUUCCAAACAGAUUGUGUUUAUCUUGAAAGAGGCCUCUGCACCAUGGCUUAAGAGUUUACAAAAAAUCUGGUGGUCUUGGUUGUGAUAUGAUAAUUAAAAAGUACUCACAUGGUGAAAAAGGCAUGGGCUUUAAAAGUGGGCUGACCUGGGUUUGAAUCCCUCCUCUCUUUCAUAUUACAUGGGCCUUUUUAAGUAAGUGACCAUCCUGUCUGGGUUGAGUUUCCUCACCUGUAAAAAUUGAAGAAUAAUUCCUGUUUCAAUGGGAAGUUUACAUGUGUGAAAGCUGCUGAGAGGGUGUGUGGGCACUAGGACCGAGCUUGUUUGGGUAAAGAUGCUAAUUCUGUAUUUGUGUCCAGAGCAUUGCAAGAUGUCUAUAGUAUCACACAAAGCUCAUAUCCCAACAGCACAGGAAAUUACAGCUGUGUCCUUGUUCUUAGUUUCAAUGGCAUUUUUUACUGGAGAAAGCUUGAAAACUAAAGAUGGAUUUUAAGAAGGAAAAGAAA